AUGAAGCUUUCGGUGAUUUGUCAACAAGAGGUUAGACUAUUUUUCCUUGUCUUCGAUAAUUUCAUCAACGUCCAAACCAUUCACACGUACCCCCGAUUUUUUGCCCUCGUCGUCCCCACUUGUCGUCGCCAACUUCCUCGUCGCUCUUCCUUGCGGUCAUCGUCAAUCGUUUCUUACUCAGUAGCCAUGAAGUUCACCACUGUUUUCGUCGGCCUUGCCGCUGCCGCCGCUACCGUUAGCGCCAGGUCGUCGGAGACUAACGCUCAGCGCUUCCAACGCGGUCUGCCACCACUCCCGCCUUCGCGUCGCGCUACUGGGGUCGCUGCCGCGAGGAGACACCAACCCUCCGGCAUCAGCGGCUCUUGCAAUACGGGCCCCGUUCAAUGCUGCAAUUCGGUCACCCAUGCCACCCCCAUAAUUGCUACAACGAUCAAGACUCUUCUCGGACUGGUCGUUCCAGCUGAUGUAGCUAUCGGCAUCAGUUGCUCACCUCUGUCUGUCAUUGGACUUGGAGGCAACAGCUGCAACCAACAACCCGUAUGCUGCGAGAACAACGAAUUCAACGGCCUUAUCGCCAUCGGCUGCUCCCCUAUUAACAUCAACCUUUGA